UUCGCAAACGCUAUAUCAAUCCGAUCUGGAACAUCAUCAUCCUCAAUUGUUAAAAAAUCGCACCAAUCUGGUCCUUUGAUUUAACUUAAUCAACAAUAAAAUCAUCAAUUAAAAUAUAGUUUAAUGGCGAGUGUUCCGUUAUAGACACAUUUUCAUUUUCUCACUUCACUCACACGCUUCUCCAACAUGUCAAGCGACGCCGUUUGGGUCCUCUUCCUCUUCGCCUUCUCCCUCUGCCCUCUUCCCUCCGCCGGGACCCGCUCGUCAAUCGUCCUCCCGAGUCAACUCGGCCGUGACUCGCCGUCCAGUUGCCGCGCUCCUGAUCCCAACCUCUAUUACCAGCCGGUCAUCGGAAUCGUCAGCCAUCCCGGGGACGGCGCCUCCGGACGCCUCAGCAACGCCACCGGCGUGUCUUACAUCGCCGCCUCCUACGUGAAGUUCGUGGAGGCCGCCGGCGCCCGAGUUGUUCCCCUCAUUUACAACGAGCCGCCGGAGAAGCUUCUGAAGAAGCUCGAAUUGGUAAAUGGAGUUCUCUUCACUGGUGGAUGGGCUAAAAGUGGAUUAUAUUUUAAAACUGUUACGAAAAUAUUUAAGAAAAUUUUAGAGAAAAAUGAUGCUGGAGAUCAUUUCCCAUUAUAUGCAGUUUGCUUGGGUUUUGAACUCAUAACGAUGAUCAUAAGUCAGGACAAUAAUAUUCUUGAAGAGUUUUCUGCAUCAAAUCAAGCAAGUACUAUUCAAUUUGUGGAGAGUGCAAAAGUGGAAGAAACUGUUUUUCAAAGAUUUCCUCCAGAGUUGUUAAGGAAGAUGACUACAGAUUGUCUUGUGAUGCAAAACCAUCGUUAUGGCAUUUCUCCUGGAAAGCUUCUGGAUAAUCGGAAGUUAUCUAGUUUUUUCGAGAUCUUGACAACUUGCACGGAUGAAGAUGAUAAGGUUUAUGUUUCCACUGUAAGUUCACGAAACUAUCCUGUGACUGGCUUUCAAUGGCAUCCAGAGAAAAAUGCCUUUGAAUGGGGUUCACCAAGAAUUCCACACACUGAAGAUGCCAUUCAGAUAACUCAGCAUGCUGCAAACUUUUUGGUCAGUGAAGCUAGGAAAUCCAUAAACAGACCAGUUAUUCAAGAAUUGCUAGACAAUCUCAUUUACAAUUACAGUCCCACUUAUGGUGGGAAGGCUGGGAAAGGAUUUGAUGAAGUUUAUUUAUUUGCUGAAGCCUAAUGCUGGAAAAUACUUUGUAUGCACAGUAAUCAUAACGAAAAAGGAUGUAUUCACGACCAAAUAUCAUUAUUGUGAUGCAGAGUAAUGAAGAUGGCUUGUAGAGAAAAUUGGUAACUUUAAGACUAUUUUUCUGUUGAAGAUGACUUGUAGAGCUUUCAGGAUUAUUUUCUGAGGCCAAAAGUAUAAAGUUGCAUUGUAGAAGGAUUUGGCACAUGGACCAUGAAGGGUGCGUCUGCACAAAGCAUUGCACAUUUUGGAUUUUGAAACACACUUAAUGGACCAUAAAAAAUGAGGCUUAAGAGAUUAAGGUGUAUUUAAAGAAA